AUGUUCGUCGUCCGCGAGGGCCUUUUCGACGUGGUGCUCCGACGGUCUGACGGACGUGAGGUAUUACCGGCCCCGGAAGAGGCCAAGAGUAUCGGCCUCGUUGGUGGGGCAGCUUUGGCUUCACUGGAGCUCGUGGAUAAGCCCUAUCUUGGCAAAGGGCACUGGUUCUGGUCGAUCUUCGUUCUUGUUGUCGUUGCUGGAUUGAAGACGAACCAAGGUGAUGCUUCUCAUCAACAACCUGGCAGGACCAACGAUCGUCUCGAUGCCAGCCUUAGCGCAGCAAGCUACAUGCUCAUCGAAGCCAUGCGGUGCAUGCCAGGUAACCACGGCUUCGAACAGACAAUCGAGUUUACAAAUCUGGCUUCUUUCUACCUCCCCUACGAGAUGUAUGUGGCGACCAUGGUGUGCUACCAUGUGAACUCCAUUCUCAACCUGAUGUCCCUGAUCAUCCAGUUGGCGGUUGCCCUGAUCUGCGCCCCCUUUGCUGUCCGAAAUCUGGACGACAAUGUGAUCCUGCAGUAUUUGGCCGUCAUUGGCUUGAGCGUGAUGUCUGUGAUCUGGAUAUCGCUUCUGGUAGCCGAGCCGACGUUUCCGUCGCCGCUGCCGGUUGCAACCACAGCGCAAUCCUCCCUGGUUGGCACCGUCCUCUUCAACUUCGCCUUCACCAGCACCUUGCCGUCCUGGGUGAACGAGAAGAAAGCGGAGGUAUCUGUAGGAGUAACUUUCUGGACCGUCAUGGGCUACGUGGUUGUUACCUACACCGUGAUCGGCGUUGUUGGCGGCAUGGCCUAUCCGCCUUUCUACACCACGGAUGAGAACUUGUUCAGCAAGCUGAAUGCAGGUGGCUCCCGGCUGGGUCAAGCGACGGUGGCAGCGUACCCGAUGCUGCAGAACGUCACGUCUAUUCCGGUUCUGGCCAUCCUGAUAAGAAGCAACCUCAUCCAGGGAGGACUCGAUUCCGUAACUUCCACCUUCAUUGCCGUGGGCUUGCCGUGGCUCAUGAGUAUCCCUCUGCCACUUGAAGGAAUUCCGCGGGCGUGCCGCGCUUAA